AUGUGUAUUACCAUUAAUUUCACCUUCUCAGAGUGUGGCCAUGGAGCCCACUUCAUCCGACCUUGCCAGGAAGAUGGUUCUCUCUGCGGAAAUAUGGUGACUGACCCUAUGGUGUUCACACAUGCUGACUUCUGUAAUGAAUGCUUUAUGCUUCCCGAUCCCAGAAUAUCUAAGCCUGAUGAAAACCAACUUGGAUACCCAUCAAUUGAUCGAAUGGUAGAGCUUUAUCAAAUCCGGAAUGUUGAAGAUGAAACCAAUGAUUUACAAGUUCGAACUUUGAUUCUGCUUCCUAGAGACAGUCUCGAUGUGCUAUUUCUUAUGGUGAAUCAGCGCCUGAUUCCUGACUUUUGGCUUCGCGUACUCCGCGGCGAAUUCCCAUCUCCUUUAAUCAGACAUUCAAUUUUACACCUUCGACAAAUCAUGAUGCUGAAUCUCGCACUUCAUCGUUCGCGAACAACUCUUUCGGCAAUUGAAUGGUACAUUGCUAUGGGCUAUGGACUUUUCUACCACGCCGAUGCUACUUCGUGUGAUGAUGAUUGUGGGAUUUGUCGCCAGCCGCUCAACCAGAUAGGUGAGGAAGGCGUACCGGCUAAAACCCAAUGCAAUCAUAUAUUCCAUUUGGAAUGUCUUGGGGAAUGGAUUAACGUGUCUCCUAAUGGCGAUUUUCCAGCUUGUAGAAAGAUGCUUCGCAAGGCACUUGAACCUAUUCAUGAUACCCCAGCGCGAGGCCCACAUCCAGAAUGGCUUGUAUCCCUAAUGCCCCCCGCUCCACAACUUCCCCCCAAUCACGAAAUUCUCACAGCACAAGAACUUAUACAGUUAGAGGCUGAUGUCGAAGAUGCGCGUUCGAGAGCCGGAGAAACUGACCAAAAUCUCACUGAUCUCGAGGAUGAACUACAGCUUCCCAGAGAAGACUUUUCUAGUCUAGAAAUCCAAAGUAUUGAACAGGUUCAGAACUCAAGUGAAAUUGUUAUGAUGAAUCUCACGGGAUUGUCUGCAGAAAACUACGCCAGGUAUCAAAAUCAGGUUAGGCUCCAUCAAAUGAGUCUCACACAGUUUGCUACGUCUUCUCAUAGACUUGGUGAACGGAGGCGAGAGUUAGAAAGACUCCAUGAAUACGUUCAGAGAAUUUAUCCUACUACCAUACUCGAUAUUGUGAGAGCUGAAGUUGAUUUUCUAAUCGGGAUCCUAGACUAG